AUGUACGAUUUUAUUGCCUCGAUUGUAACAAUUUUAUGCAGUAUUCAAGAAGCGCUAACUUCAGCGUCUGCAUAUGGUUUUGGUGACAAUAAUUUAUAUAACCCUGCUGGUGCAAUUUAUGGUGCCUAUGGUUUAAUGGUAAUAAUUGCAUUGUUUUUUAUUGCACUGUUCCUACUGUGCUGUUUGGUCUGUUGUGGUGGAACAGCUUUCGCAGUAGUGCGAACGGCAAUGGAGAAAUGA